AUGGACGAAACAUUCAUACAACGCAAACGUACUGCAUCUGUAGUUGGUAGCAUGGUCAUUCCAACGUAUUGUGAUCCAAAAACUGUGUACACACUAAAGGACAUACAGACUGACAUGUUAGCAGAACACGGAGUGAACCUAAGCUACAUGCAAGCAUGGAGAGCAAAGGAAAAGGCUUUACAAUUUUUGAGAGGGAAUCCGGCUGACUCCAACAGCAAAUUACCCAAAUAUUUUUAUAUUCUUGAGGAGACUUAUCCUGGUUCUCAUGUUAAAUUGAAGAAGACAACAAAUGAAUGCUUCUUGUACGCAUUUGUUGCUCUUUCUACAUCAAUAAGUGGUUGGCAACAUUGUAGGCCAGCAGUAGUUGUUGAUGGGACAUUCUUAAAAUCAGUCUACAGGGGGAUUAUGCUGACUGCAAGCACCAUGGAUGCAGCAGGUACAAUAUUGCCCUUGGCAUAUGCUGUGGUUGAUUCUGAAAAUGAUGCAUCUUGGAAGUGGUUCUUUGAGCAAUUCAAGCAGGCAUAUGGUGAAAGACCUUCAAUGUCUGUUGUUUCAGAUAGAACUGAGAGUAUAAUGAAGGCAACAUCAAUUAUCUAUCCGGGCAUGCCACACUACUCUUGUAUGUGGCAUAUUUGGACAAAUAUAAGGUCAAAAUUCAAGAAGGGUCAUCUACAAUUACAUGAAUUGUACUUUGCUACAGCAGGGUCAUACACUCUGGAUGAUUUUAAUGAAAGGAUGUCGAAGAUUGAAGAGAUAGACCCUCAUGUUAAAUCAUACCUCUAUGAUAUUGACUAUCAUAGAUGGUCAAGAGUACAUGCAACGGUAAAUAGAACUUGGACUAUGACAUCAAACAUUGCAGAGUCAUUGAAUGCUGUAACAAAAUAUGCAAGAGAGCUGCCAAUAUUUGACCUAUUAGAGUAUAUGAGGACGCUUCUUGAAACUUGGACGAAAGAGAAGUUAUUGAAGGCUAAGGGUACCUUCACAUACCUUGGUUACAAAUUCAACAAAGAAUUGGAGAAAAAUAGUACAUUAUCUUAG